AUGGCAGAAGGCGGAGACGCACCUCAGCACAUCCAGCUCAAGGUCAAGGAUCAGCAGGGAAGUGAGGUGCAGUUCAAGAUCAAGAAGACGACGCCUUUGCGCAAGCUCAUGGAUGCAUACUGCAGCCGUCUUGGCCUGCAGGCAUCCCAAGUGCGUUUCAUGGUGGAUGGCGAGCGCAUCGCUGCGGAUGACACGGCCGAGAAGCUAGGACUUGAGGAUGAGGACCUCCGGGAGGGGGCCUAG